UGGCGGUAUCAGCUUUGAUCAUCACCUGCAGACUGCAGAGAAGAAAGGAGUAAGGACUGAUGGCUUUAAGAGAACAGGACCAGGUAGACCAGUUUUAUCAGCUGCAGGCAAAUAAUGCAAUCCAUGGUGCUGCUGAAACUAAUUUUCAUGCUGCCACUGGCAUUCAUGAGGAAACAGGUAAACAAGCAAGCAAACGUCCAAAGGUUAAUGAUGAUGUUACAGAGCCAUUUGAUGAGGUCGGAGCCAGUGAUAUGAGUCGAUAUACAAGCAAUGAUGUACUACUUGAAAAUGCACAAGACAUGGAAACCACAAUGUCUAAUGCUAAAAUGCUGUAUGAAGAACUUUCUGCAAGAUGGAUGGAUGACUUAUGCUCUGCAGAGAAAUUUGAAAUGUUUUGUACUCCAAGACUAGAUGAGAUACUCAAGGAGGCUUACCUGAUUGAGAGCAGUAUUAUUGAAAAGAAGCAAAAGCUGAAACAAGAAUUGCAAAUGAUUACAAGGAAAAUAAUGGCUUCCAUCUAGAUGCAGACUAGGACAUUCUGCAAGAACAAGAAAUUAUAAUAAUUACAUGUACUGUCUUGUACAUAAUAAAUGUAAGGAAAAGUUUGGUUUAGCA